AUCAUUACUGCACACCUGCGUUUCCUGUGUGGCAAGCCCAGACGACCCAGGCCAUGGCAAAGAGAAAGAAAGAAAGAAAGAGAUAGAAAGAGAGAGAAAGAAAGAAAG